AUGUCUGAUCCGCGUUCUGAGCUACAGUCCACACUCCGCGAUCUAUCCAUUGGCGAAAAAGGUCCAGUCCAAGAUAUUCAAAGGCCAUCUCUGAGAAAAUCGUCAGCUGCAAGCUCCGUCCUAUCUAUUCCGAAACCAACAAAGAAAGCUAAACAGCCUGUCGCUGAUUCCUGGGAGGACGAGGCUGAUCUUUCGGAUGAUGAUGAUGAUGAUGCUGCUGCUGCCGCUGUUGAGGGUCUAGCAUCGCCGUCGCUUCUUUCGCCGACUUUGAGUGCGGAGGGCCCAUUGGAUCCUCCGCCUACGCCUAUUUCGCCGCAGACAUCGCAGACGUGGGGAGGUGGAAGGGCUGCGUCGCCGGCUGCGGCUGCGGCUGGUGGUCCUGGUCCUGGUAAACGGCCUGAGAAGCAAACUGCUGUUGCUGGACGACUUAUUGCAGGGGCAUUGGGGAUUCGAGCACCGAAGCGUACUGAGGAGCAGAGGGCUUAUGAUCGGGCGGUGAAGGAGCAGGAGAUUAAGAGACGGAAUCGAGAGCGAGAGGAGGCUGCUAAGGCGAAGGAGGACGAUGAGAAGUUGAAGGCUUCUGUUUGGACAGAUUAA